AUAAAUAAGAGGUUUCUCCAUUGGAAGUUGAGAGCAGAGUAAAAGGCAAGAAGAAGAAGAGAUUCGUAAUGGCGCUGCGGAAGACCCUCGGUCGCCGCUUCUCCAACGUCGCCGCCAAGCUCGCCUCCCCGGACGCCCUUCCCCGUCCUCCUCGGCCCGCUCCCUCGCUCAUCCGAAGGCUUCUCCCUGUCCCGCGCUCCCACGAGCCAGGCCUCCUCGGCCGGUUCUUCCAUCGCACGCCAUUCCUCCAAUCCGCUUCCCCGCCGCCACCUCUUUCCCGGCUCGCGCUUCCGGUGGGGGACGGCCUCUUGGAGAGGAUCCGGGAGAUGAACACUUCCAGGAUUCGGCUCGAAGGGCUCCUUCCCCCGCCGCCCCUGUCGUCGACGACGACGAAUACAGAGGAGGCGAUGGUAUCCGCAGCAGAGGCGAGGAAGGUGGUGCGGGCGGCGCGGGUGGAGGCGGCCCGCACUCGGCUGCGGGAAACCGGCCAGAGCUGCGUCUCCUACUCUGAAUUCGCGCGGGUGUGCCGAGAGGCGGCCGGAGGGACGGAGGAGGGUGCGCGUCUGGGAGCGGCGCUGGACGAAUCCGCCUCCGUCAUCGUCUUGGGCGACGUCGUCCUCAUCCGCCCCGAAAUGGUGACGGCAUUGAUCCAGAGCAUGAUCCGGCCUCCAGCGUCGUCGCGGCAGGAGCGGGAGUUGAAGGAGAUGGAGGCGACGAGGUCGGAGAUCGAGGCGUCGGCGGAGACGGAGGUGAGACGGGAGCUAUGGGCCGGGCUGGCGUUGCUGGCGGCGCAGACGGCGGGGUUCAUGCGGCUUACGUUCUGGGAGCUCUCGUGGGACGUGAUGGAGCCCGUCUGCUUCUACGUGACCUCCCUCUACUUCAUGCUCGGCUACGCCUUCUUCCUCCGCACCUCCAGAGACCCUUCCUUCGAGGGCUUCUUCCAGAGCCGCCUCGACGCCAAGCGGAACCGACUCAUGAAGAAGCGCAACUUCGACGUUGGCCGAUUCAAUGAGCUCAAGAGGCAAAUCGGAGGCACCUUCUCUGCUUCUUCUCAAUCUCGGUCAUCCUCCUUCUCAUCGCUUUAAUGCAACUGCCGUGACAGGAGCUGCAUAUUGUACCAUAUCGAAAGCAGAGUAUUCUGUAGAACUGUUCCUCA